CCGCUUUUCGCCACGUGUCUGACGUGAGAGGGAGAAAGAAAACAAACAGGUGUUCAGUGAGUCAAGGAAAAAGUGAAAAAUCUUCAAAAGGGAGACAAUUUCCCAGCCAUGGCUAGUAGAAAUCUGACAGAGGUGUUUCUUAUAAUGAGGAAUAAUGCCACACAGAGCAAGAACAUGUAUCCGGAUAGCAGGGACUCCGACGCCGAGCCCAUGCUCAGGAGGUCACUGAGGGAGAGUGAGGAGGGUCUGGAGAUGCAGGGUGAUCAUGGGGCACCUCCAAUUUGGAUUGACAAACUCGAGGAGGCACAGUACACAAUGUCCAGGAUAAAGCCGAAGCUGGAAGAGCUAGGGACUCUCCACAUGAAGCAUCUGCAGAGACCCACCCUGGAUGAUCACUGUGAGGAGGAAACACUGAUUGAGGAUGCAAGUACUGAGAUUUCUAAGCUUAUAGCUUCAACGCAUCGUCAUAUCCAGUGCAUUCGAUCGAGUCUGGGCCAGGGAAAUCGCCUGGAGCAGAGACUGACGCAGAAUGUUGUGGCGUGCUUGUUGCUGCAGCUGCAGGAGAUAACUUUUCGCUUCAGGAACAGCCAGAAUAGCUACCUGAGGCAGAUGGCAUCGCGGGAGGAGCGAUCGAAUGUGUUCUUCGAGACGCAGGACUUCACAACAAUUGACCUAGAGGAGCCCCCACGGGAAACAACUGUGGACACCUUUGACAAUUUUCUUAAGCCCAAACCAACGAGUUUGCUGGAGGAGACUGAUGAGCAGAUCGAUGAGUAUUUUCAGCAGCCGGUGGCUUCAAGGCUCUCCCAUCAGCAGCUGCUGCUUUUCGAGGAGGAAAACACGAAGCUCAUCGAGAGCCGGGAGCAGGAAGUAUCACGAAUUGUGAGGUCCAUUGUCGAUCUGCAUGAUAUCUUCAAGGAUCUGGCGGGAAUGGUGCAGGAACAGGGAACAAUCCUGGACAGGAUUGACUACAACGUAGAGACCACUCAAUCGCGAGUUUCUGAAGGUCUGCGGCAGCUGCAGCGUGCGGAAAUGUACCAAAGGAAGAACCGGAAGAUGAUGUGCAUCCUCAUCCUGGCCGGGAUUACCCUUUUUAUGCUUAUUGCUCUGAUCUUUACCAAAAUCUAAAUUUAUUUAAUCCAUUUUAAUAAAUCUUGUUUCUCCAUCGUA